AUGCUGUUCGUGCGGGCGCGAAACGUGCCUGGCUAUCAUUUGGCCUUGCGGGCGCAUGUCUGGCUCUUUGAAACUCACUAUGACAAUUCCACAGAUGACAUUGCCAGCCAGGUGAUUAGUGUCGGUGUAGUUUUCACUCUCUUCACCGGUCGCUUGGUACAGUCUGUUACCAGCACUGAUCUACAGGCGGUAGGCUUCGGUACUCUGGCGGACAACGUUUCUGCCGAUGAGUUGGGCAAAAUGUCCGGCUUCAUGAGUAUUCCCAUUGGCAUAGGAACAUCGGGCGGGCCACCUGCACAGCUGGCAUUCUGUUAG